CCUCCCGCCCCCAACUCCCCUCGAGUGGCAGCUCUGGGCUGAGAACGCGGCGGGGUCGGCCUCUCGGCUUCGCGUUCCCGCCCCGGGUCCCCGGCGCCGCAGGAGCCCGCCCUGCAGCGCUGAGUCCCGCGCGUCCAUCUGCCGUGCCCGCCUCCACGCGCGCCACCUCGCAGCCUCCAGGGGACACGCCAUGACUCUGGAGGGUCUGUGUUUGGCAAGGGGCUCCCUGGCCCGGCUCCUGCUGGCCUGGUCGGCCCUGUUGUGCAUGGCAGGUGGCCAAGGCCGCUGGGAUGGGGCCUUGGAGGCUGCAGGUCCUGGACGUGUGCGGAGGCGGGGCAGCCCAGGCAUCUUGCAGGGGCCGAAUGUGUGCGGCUCCCGGUUCCACGCUUACUGCUGUCCGGGCUGGAGGACAUUCCCUGGCAGGAGCCAGUGUGUCGUACCCAUCUGUAGGCGCGCCUGCGGUGAGGGCUUCUGCUCGCAGCCCAACCUGUGCACCUGUGCGGAUGGGACGCUGGCUCCCAGCUGCGGGGUGAGCCGAGGGUCAGGGUGCAGUGUGAGCUGUAUGAAUGGGGGCACCUGCCGGGGGGCAUCCUGUCUGUGUCAGAAGGGCUACACAGGCACCGUGUGUGGGCAGCGUGAGUAUCCCCGUGGGACUCCCCUCCUCGCACACUUGGGACUGCCUGAAGGGAGGACAGGCCUGGGAAAGAAGUCCCAUCAGUUCAGACAGGGUGUUCACACAGGCCCUGAGCUUUACGGGCUUGGAGAUCCUAGUCUCUCUCUUGGAAAUUACCGGACGGGACCCUGCUUUGGCCAAGUGGGCCCCGAGGGGUGCCAGCAUCAGCUGACAGGCCUCGAGUGCACCAAGGCACUUUGCUGUGCCACUGUGGGCCGUGCCUGGGGCCUUCCAUGUGAACUUUGCCCUGCACAGCCACACCCCUGCCGCCGAGGCUUCAUCCCCAAUAUCCACACGGGGGCCUGCCAAGAUGUGGAUGAGUGCCAGGCCGUGCCAGGCCUGUGCCAGGGAGGCAGCUGUGUCAACACGGUGGGCUCCUUCCAUUGCCACUGUCCAGUUGGACACCGGCUCGGUGACAGCAGUGUUGCAUGUGAAGACCACCGGGCCGGCACCUGCUUCUCAGUGCUUUUCGGGGGCCGCUGUGCCGGAGACCUCACCGGCCACCACACUCGCAGGCAGUGCUGCUGCGACAAGGGCAGGUGCUGGGCGGCUGGCCCGACCCCUGAGCUGUGUCCUCCUCGGGGUUCCAAUGAGUUCCAGCAACUGUGCGCCCAAGGGCUGCCGCUGCUACCCGGCCACCCUGGCCUCUUCCCUGGCCUCCUGGGUUUUGGAUCCAAUGGCAUGGGCCCCCGUCUUGGGCCGGCACGAUUCAACCCUCAUGGCUCCGAUGGGCGUGGGGUCCCCAGCCUGGGCCCUGGCAACUCUAAUAUUGGCACUGCUACCCUGAACCAGACCAUUGACAUCUGCCGACACUUCACCAACCUGUGUCUGAAUGGUCGCUGCCUGCCCACGCCUUCCAGCUACCGCUGCGAGUGUAACGUGGGCUACACCCAGGACGUGCGUGGCGAGUGCAUUGAUGUAGAUGAAUGCACCAGUAGCCCCUGCCACCACGGUGACUGCGUCAACAUCCCUGGCACCUACCACUGCCGGUGCUACCCGGGCUUCCAGGCCACGCCCACCAAGCAGGCAUGCGUGGAUGUGGACGAGUGCAUUGUCAGUGGCGGCCUUUGUCACCUGGGCCGCUGUGUCAACACAGAGGGCAGCUUCCAGUGUGUCUGCAAUGCAGGCUUCGAGCUGAGUCCCGACGGCAAGAACUGUGUGGACCACAACGAGUGUGCCACCAGCACCAUGUGCGUCAACGGCGUGUGUCUCAACGAGGAUGGCAGCUUCUCCUGCCUCUGCAAACCUGGCUUCCUGCUGGCGCCUGGCGGCCGCUACUGCAUAGACGUUGACGAGUGCCAGACGCCUGGCAUCUGCGUGAACGGCCACUGCACCAACACCGAGGGCUCCUUCCGCUGCCAUUGCCUGGGGGGGCUGGCAGUGGGCACGGAUGGCCGCAUGUGCAUGGACACCCAUGUGCGAAGCACCUGCUACGGGGCCAUCGAGAAGGGCUCCUGUGCCCGCCCCUUCCCUGGCACCGUCACCAAGUCCGAGUGUUGCUGUGCCAACCCAGACCAUGGCUUUGGGGAGCCCUGCCAGCUUUGUCCUGCCAAGAACUCUGCCGAGUUCCAGGCACUGUGCAGCAGUGGGCUUGGCAUUACCACGGAUGGUCGAGACAUCAACGAGUGUGCUCUGGACCCUGAGGUUUGUGCCAAUGGCAUCUGUGAGAACCUUCGGGGCAGCUACCGCUGCAUCUGCAACCUGGGUUAUGAAGCAGGUGCCUCAGGCAAGGAGUGCACAGACGUGGAUGAGUGUGCCCUCAACAGCCUCCUGUGUGACAACGGGUGGUGCCAGAAUAGCCCUGGCAGCUACAGCUGCUCCUGCCCCCCCGGCUUCCACUUCUGGCAGGACACGGAGAUCUGCAAAGACGUCGAUGAAUGCUUGUCCAGCCCGUGUGUGAACGGCGUCUGUGAGAACCUGGCUGGCUCCUACACCUGCAAAUGUGCCCCUGGCAGCCGGCUGGACCCCUCUGGCACCAUCUGUCUAGAUAGCACCAAGGGCACCUGCUGGCUGAAGAUCCAGGAGAACCGCUGUGAGGUGAACCUUCAGGGAGCCAGCCUGCGGUCCGAGUGCUGCGCCACCCUCGGGGCAGCCUGGGGGAGCCCCUGCGAACGCUGCGAGAUCGACCCUGCCUGUGCCCGGGGCUUUGCCCGGAUGACGGGUGUCACCUGCGAUGAUGUGAACGAGUGUGAGACCUUCCCGGGAGUCUGUCCCAACGGGCGUUGUGUCAACACCGCUGGGUCUUUCCGCUGCGAGUGUCCAGAGGGCCUGAUGCUGGAAGCCUCGGGCCGGCUGUGCGUGGAUGUGAGAUUGGAACCAUGUUUCCUGCGAUGGGACGAGGAUGAGUGUGGGGUCACCUUACCUGGCAAGUACCGGAUGGACGUCUGCUGCUGCUCCAUUGGGGCUGCCUGGGGAGCCGAGUGCGAGGCCUGCCCAGAUCCCGAGUCCUUGGAGUUCGCCAGCCUGUGCCCGCGGGGGCUGGGCUUUGCCAGCCGGGACUUCCUGUCUGGCCGGCCGUUCUAUAAAGAUGUGAAUGAAUGCAAGGCGUUCCCUGGCCUCUGCACGCACGGUACCUGCAGAAACACGGUAGGCAGCUUCCACUGUGCCUGUGCAGGGGGCUUCGCCCUGGAUGCCCAAGAACGGAACUGCACAGGUAGGUGCCACCUCUGCCUCUUGGAGAGAGCGUCGGACUAUGCUCAUGGCCCCAGACUCAACCGCAACCGCACGCUAUUGCAGCUCCUCCCUCCUCGCCCCUCCAUCCACGUCCACAGCAACAGCCGUCCCCACCCGUCCCCACCCUCCUUCUCCUCAAUGCCCACCCUGCCCAGGGCGCCACCACAUCCCUGGGACCCGGGGCUGGGGAGGUGGCGGGGAGAAGCCAGCAUGAACCUCAUCGCCUCCUCCCUGCAUCAGCACCUUCACACCUGCUCUCUCUUUCCACACAAACCUUCAGACGUGGACGAGUGUGCAAGGGACCCACUGCUCUGCCGGGGAGGCACUUGUACCAACACGGAUGGGAGCUACAAGUGCCAGUGUCCCCCUGGGCACGAGCUGACGGCCGAGGGCACUGCCUGUGAGGACAUCGAUGAGUGUUCCCUGAGGGAUGACCUGUGUCCCCACGGCCACUGUGUCAAUGUCAUCGGUGCCUUCCAGUGCUCCUGCCACGCCGGCUUCCAGGGCACACCUGACCGCCAAGGCUGCGUGGACAUCAACGAAUGCUGGGUCCGGAAUGGUGGGUGUGACGUGUACUGUAUUAACACUGAGGGCAGCUACCGGUGCAGCUGUCGGCAGGGCUACUCGCUGAUGCCUGACGGAAGGGCAUGUGCAGAUGUGGAUGAGUGUGAAGAGAACCCCAGUAUUUGUGACCAAGGCCACUGCACCAACGUGCUGGGGGCUCACCGCUGCCUGUGCUAUGAUGGCUUCGUGGCCACGCCAGACAUGAGGACGUGUGUUGAUGUGGAUGAGUGCGACCUGAACCCUCACAUCUGCCUCCACGGGGACUGCGAGAACACGAAGGGUUCCUUUGUCUGCCACUGUCAGCUGGGCUACAUGGUCAGGAAGGGGGCCACGGGCUGCUCUGAUGUGGAUGAAUGCGAGGUUGGAGGACACAACUGUGACAGUCAUGCCUCCUGUCUCAACAUCCCAGGGAGUUUCAGCUGUAGGUGCCUGCCAGGCUGGGAGGGGCAUGGCUUCGAAUGUCAUGACCUGGAUGAAUGCGUCUCCCAGGAGCACCGGUGCAGCCCAAAAGGUGACUGUCUCAAUGUCCCUGGCUCCUACCGCUGCACCUGCCGCCAGGGCUUUACCGGGGAUGGCUUCUCCUGCGAAGACAGAGACGAAUGUGCCGAGAACGUGGACCUCUGUGAUAACGGGCAGUGCCUCAAUGCGCCCGGCGGGUACCGCUGCGAAUGUGAGAUGGGCUUUGACCCCACUGAGGACCACCGGGCCUGCCAGGAUGUGGACGAGUGUGCGCAAGGGAACCUCUGUGCCUUUGGGAGCUGUGAGAACCUGCCUGGAAUGUUCCGCUGCAUCUGCGAUGGUGGCUACGAACUGGACCGAGGGGGCGGCAACUGCACAGACAUUAACGAGUGUGCAGACCCAGUAAACUGCAUCAACGGCGUGUGCGUUAACACCCCCGGCAGCUACCUCUGCCGCUGCCCCCAGGAUUUUGAGCUGAACCCCAGCGGAGUGGGCUGCGUGGACACUCGGGCUGGGAACUGUUUCCUGGAGACGCAUGACCGAGGGGACGGUGGCAUUUCCUGCAGUGCUGAGAUCGGAGUUGGUGUCACCCGGGCUUCCUGCUGUUGUUCCCUGGGCCAGGCUUGGGGCAAUCCCUGCGAGCUGUGCCCAGUGGCCAACACCACUGAGUACAGAACCCUGUGCCCCGGUGGUGAGGGCUUCCGGCCUAACCCCAUCACUGUCAUUCUGGAAGACAUCGACGAGUGCCAAGAGCUGCCAGGGCUGUGUCAGGGGGGUGACUGCAUCAACACCUUUGGCAGUUUCCAGUGUGAGUGCCCACCUGGCUACCACCUCAGUGAGCACACCCGCAUCUGUGAGGAUAUUGAUGAAUGCUCCACACACUCGGGCAUCUGUGGCCCUGGCACCUGCUACAAUACCCUGGGAAACUACACCUGUGUCUGCCCUGCAGAAUACCUCCAAGUCAAUGGUGGCAACAACUGCAUGGAUAUGAGGAAGAGUGUCUGCUUCCGGCACUAUAACGGCACAUGUCAAAAUGAACUGGCCUUCAACGUGACCCGAAAAAUGUGUUGCUGCUCCUACAACAUUGGCCAGGCCUGGAAUAGACCCUGUGAGGCCUGCCCCACUCCCACCAGCCCUGACUACCAGAUUCUAUGCGGAAACCAGGCCCCGGGAUUCCUCAUUGACAUCCACACGCGGAAGCCCCUUGACAUUGAUGAGUGUGGGGAGAUCCCCGCCAUCUGUGCCAGUGGUGUCUGCAUCAACCAGAUGGGGAGCUUCCGCUGCGAGUGCCCCACAGGCUUCAACUACAACAGCAUCCUGCUGGCUUGUGAAGAUGUCGAUGAGUGUGGCAGCAGGGAGAGUCCCUGCCAGCAGAAUGCCGACUGCAUCAACGUCCCCGGCAGCUACCGCUGCGAGUGCACUCGAGGGUACAAACUGUCGCCAGGCGGGGCUUGUGUGGGACGGAAUGAGUGUCGGGAGAUCCCGAAUGUCUGUAGCCAUGGCGACUGCAUGGACACAGAAGGCAGCUACAUGUGUCUGUGUCACCGUGGAUUCCAGGCCUCUGCAGACCACACCCUGUGCAUGGACAUUGAUGAGUGUGACCAGCAGCCUUGUGGAAAUGGGACCUGCAAGAACAUCAUCGGCUCCUACAACUGCCUCUGCUUCUCUGGCUUUGUGGUGACACACAAUGGGGAUUGUGUGGAUUUUGAUGAGUGUACUACCCUGGUGGGGCAGGUGUGCCGAUUUGGCCAUUGCCUCAACACAGCUGGUUCCUUCCACUGCCUCUGCCAGGAUGGCUUUGAGCUCACAACUGAUGGGAAGAAUUGUGUGGACACCAAUGAGUGCCUCAGCCUCGCGGGAACCUGCCUACCAGGCACCUGUCAGAACCUCGAGGGCUCCUUCCGUUGCAUCUGUCCCCCUGGCUUCCAGGUGCAGAGUGACCACUGCAUUGACAUCGACGAGUGCUCAGAUGAGCCCAACCUCUGCCUCUUUGGCACCUGUAGCAACAGCCCUGGGAGCUUCCAGUGCCUCUGCCCACCUGGCUUUGUCCUCUCUGACAAUGAGCACCGUUGCUUUGACACACGGAAGAGUUUCUGCUUCACCCGUUUUGAGGCUGGGAAGUGCUCGGUGCCCAAAGCUUUCAACACCACCAAGACCCGCUGCUGCUGCAGUAAGAGGCCUGGGGAGGGUUGGGGAGACCCCUGUGAGCUGUGUCCCCAGGAAGGCAGCGCUGCCUUUCAGGAGCUCUGCCCCUUUGGCCACGGGGCAGUCCCAGGCCCGGAUGACUCCCGAGAAGACGUGAACGAGUGUGCAGAGAACCCUGGCGUCUGCACUAACGGCAUCUGUGUCAACACCGAUGGAUCCUUCCGCUGUGAGUGUCCCCUUGGCUACAGCCUGGACUUCACCGGCAUCAACUGUGUGGACACAGACGAGUGCUCUGUCGGCCACCCCUGUGGGCAGGGCACAUGCACCAACGUCAUCGGAGGCUUCGAAUGUGCCUGUGCUGACGGCUUUGAGCCUGGCCCCAUGAUGACCUGUGAGGACAUCGACGAAUGCUCCCUGAACCCGCUGCUCUGUGCCUUCCGCUGCCACAAUACUGAGGGCUCCUACCUGUGCACCUGCCCAGCCGGCUACACCCUGCGGGAGGAUGGGGCCAUGUGUCGAGAUGUGGACGAGUGUGCAGAUGGUCAGCAGGACUGCCACGCCCGGGGCAUGGAGUGCAAGAACCUCAUCGGUACCUUCGUAUGCGUCUGUCCCCCAGGCAUGCGGCCCCUGCCUGGCUCCGGGGAGGGCUGCACAGAUGACGAUGAAUGCCGCGCUCAGCCUGACCUCUGUGUCAAUGGCCGCUGCGUCAACACCGAGGGCAGCUUCUGGUGCGACUGUGAUGAGGGCUUCCAGCCCAGCCCCACCCGUACUGAGUGCCACGACAUCCGGCAGGGGCCCUGCUUUGCCGAGGUGCUGCAGGCUAUGUGCCAGGCUCUGUCCAGCAGCAGCGAGGCUGUCACCAGGGCCGAGUGCUGCUGUGGGGGUGGUCGGGGCUGGGGGCCCCCCUGCGAGCUCUGUCCCCUGCCUGGCACCUCUGCCUACAGGAAGCUGUGCCCCCACGGCUCAGGCUACACCGCUGAGGGUCGAGAUGUAGAUGAAUGCCGUAUGCUUGCUCACCUGUGUGCCCAUGGAGAGUGCAUCAACAGCCUCGGCUCCUUCCGCUGCCACUGUCAGGCCGGGUACACACCAGAUGCUACUGCUACCACCUGCCUGGAUGUGGAUGAGUGCAGCCAGGUCCCCAAGCCGUGUACCUUCCUCUGCAAAAACACGAAGGGCAGCUUCCUAUGCAGCUGUCCCCGAGGCUACCUGCUGGAGGAGGAUGGCAGGACCUGCAAAGACCUGGACGAAUGCACCUCCCGGCAGCACAACUGUCAGUUCCUCUGUGUCAACACGGUGGGCGCCUUCUCCUGCCGCUGUCCACCCGGCUUCACCCAGCCGCACCUAGGCUCUGCUUCCGACAAUGAUGAGUGCUCAGCCCAGCCUGGCCCAUGUGGUGCCCGCGGGCACUGCCACAACACCCCGGGCAGCUUCCGCUGUGAAUGCCACCAAGGCUUCACCCUGGACAGCUCAGGCCAUGGCUGUGAAGAUGUGAAUGAAUGUGAUGGACCCCACCGCUGCCAGCACGGCUGUCAGAACCAGCUAGGGGGCUACCGCUGUGGCUGCCCCCAGGGUUUCACCCAGCACUCCCAGUGGGCCCAGUGUGUGGAUGAGAACGAGUGUGCCCUGUUGCCCCCCACCUGCGGGAGCGCCUCCUGUCGCAACACUCUUGGUGGCUUCCGCUGCGUCUGCCCCUCUGGCUUUGACUUUGAUCAGACCCUUGGGGGCUGCCAGGAUGUGGAUGAGUGCGCCGGACGGCGUGGCCCCUGUAGCUACAGCUGUGCCAACACUCCCGGUGGCUUCCUGUGUGGCUGUCCUCAAGGCUUCUUCCGGGCUGGGCAAGGGCACUGUGUCUUUGGCCUGGGCUUCAGCCCCGGACCCCAGGACGCCCCGGACAAAGAGGAGCUGCUCUCGACCGAAGCCUGCUACGAAUGCAAGAUCAACGGCCUCUCUGCCCGGGACCGGCCACGACGCAGUGCCCACAGGGACCACCAGGUGACAUGGCCUGGCACCCUUGACUCGGAGGCCCUGCUGACUUGGGUCUGAACCUUCUCACACCUGGGCCGGGCCAAAGCGCAUCUUAUGGACUCCGGGCCCCUGGAGGUCUGGAGGGCCGUCCGCUACGUCAUUGACCGGGGAAAUGAGCAAGGUUUCUUCGCCAUGCGUCACCUCCGUGGCUUCAGGUCCCUGCCAGCUGGGCGGAGGCGGCAGCCUGGAACCUACCAGCUGGAGGUGGUGAGCAACGUGGCAGGACCCUGGGGUGUCCAACCGUGGCACGCAGGCCGCACGGGCCAGGCCUUGCGGUGGAAGGUGCAGCUGCAGUUGCUUUAGUUGGAGGAGCCUCAAUGGGCCUCAGGCUGUCCAGAGGAGGGGGCUUCUGGAACUGGGGAGGACUGAUCCCCAGCAGUGACAGCCUG